UGAAAAUGGCAACACUAUGGCGGCCGGAGAAGAACGUGCUGCUUCUGAGGUUCUGAGGCGCUUGCUCGACAUCUAAACUGUCUCAACGAAGACAGCAAAACCACAAGAAAACGAGCGCUUGAAGCAAUCAAAAGAGAAACUAUUGAUAAAGGGCUUUCGAGCGGCGUGUUGCAGGAGGUUUUCACGUGUUCUGCUGAAGUCGCUCCUGAAAUGCCUGUCAGAUCCUAUGGAAAGAUGCAGAGAGACUGCCAUCACACAUGCUGAGAGAUUUUUUUUCGAGUUCCUCAACCGGAGGAUUCGUUGCCUUAUCUCAUGCCCGCUUUGACGCAGCGGCUCGGCGGGAAAGAGAUCCUGGAGCCCGCGGAGGAACUUAGGCUGUCCAUGGUGGAGGUUCUGACUCUCACWGUGGAGGUGUGUGGCAGGCACCUAGCUCCCUACCUCGACGAUAUGAUGAAGAUAUUACAGAUAACUAUUGUCGACCCUUUCCCAGACGUCAAAAGGGAGAGUUGCAAAUGCACUGUUCAUUUUGCAAAAAGUGUGCCAGAACAUUUCCACAUGCAGGCAGAGAGCCUGGUCAAGCCCCUGAUGCAGACCAUCUCCCAUCAGCAUUCCCGUGUGCGUGUGUCCACCAUCGAGGCCACUGGAGCGGUCAUCCAGUACGGCACGGGGAAGAACGUGGACGAUGUGCUCUCUCACCUGGCACAGAGGCUGUUUGACGACUCACCACAGGUGAGAAAAGCUGUGACUGUGGUUGUUGUGUGACUGGCUGCUCCACCUGCGAGACAGAUACUCCUACUUCCACAACCUCAUCCCCCUCUACUAUGAGCAGCCUCAGCGAUGACAUCCCAGA